AUGUUGAAAAAUCCAAAGAAACAAAACAACCCGAUAGCAUCAACACAUGACAAUUCUAAUUCGUUAAUAUCUGUUCUUUCAAGCAUCGGAGUAAAAGUCAAUUUGAAACCGAUUACAUUUUCAAACAACAGCCAAAAAGCCAAAGAAAAACAAUCUUUGAAUUCAGCAGAGCAAAUUAAAGAACAUUUACGAAUUGCAUCAAACGAUCACCCUGUUUCCAUCUCUAAGAAUGCACAUGAUGAAUUAUUUCGAAUUAAAUUCUCCACCGCCUCCAUAGGACACUAUCACUGUCCAAGCAAUUUCCUCACAAUGGGCGAGUAUCAACAAAUAGAACAGUUGUUAGAAAAGAAGAAGGAACCUAUUGAUGUGAUAACAAUAGAAAUAGAAUUUUUAAAACCUUCAUAUCAAGAUCUCUUGAAAUACUUUUCAAUUUCAAAAUCUGAAUCUCCUGAAGAACAAAUAUUACGUCAAUUAGUGGAUACUAUAGACGCGGAUGAAAUAAGAAAACAUGUCUAUAUACGAAUUUGGGUCCCUACGGGACUGGAAUCAUGA